GCAGAACUAGGCACAAGUAAACCGGUUCCACUGUUAAUACAUUGCGCAAAAAUGAAUUUCGUCAGUGUGGCGUUGUUAAUAGCCACAGUAGUAAUGGCGUCCUCGGCGGAGACAGAUACUCCGAGACAUUAUGACCUCAAUCAAGCCAAAGAAUUGUUCGAAAUUUUCGUCAAAGAACAUAACAGGGAAUACAAGGAUGAUGCCGACAGAGAGCUGCAUUAUCAAUCAUUCAAGAAACACUUGGCAGAGAUAAACCAAUUGAACGAGAAGAAUCCAUAUACUACGUUUGGCAUUAACAAAUUUGCUGAUUAUACUCCUGAGGAACAGCAGAGCAGGUUGGGAUUGAGGCUGCCUGCUAAGAAGACAUAAGUUCUGCGACUUCAGUCUAUCGGAAUGCUAUUCCAAACGAAAUAAAUGUAUUGUGACUGCUUGUAAAAUGUUUAAAAUUUAUCGAAUAUGAUUAAUAAACUAUUUGAACCA